AAACGGCGUCGUGUUUUCAAAAGUGGAAAAAAAAUUAGAAGAGGCAGGGACUCCGUCGAAAUGCAGUCUGCGCCGAUCAGUCUGCGCCGAUCAGCCUGCGCCGUCCUUGUUUUGACCUGCAAAAAAGCAGCCACGGUCUGGAGAAAAGAGGAAAGCAACUCUUGGCAUUUUGGGAUCGACUGUUAGGAAAAAAAAAAAAAGAGAGGAAAGUAGGAGGGUAGGAAGGUGAGGAGUAGAAACAGGUUUAGGGUUUUUGCUUUUAAGGAAUAAAUAGGUUAAAACGGUGAGUUUUGAGGGGUUUUUCUGUAGAAUUCUGGAGCAACCGGCAUAAAAAAAAAAGGAGCCG